AUGCCCACCAUCGCCCUCAUCAACGGCCACGCCUUCGCCGCCGGCCUCAUGCUCUCCAUGUUCCACGACUACCGCAUCAUGAACCCCCAAAGGGGCUUUGUCUGCCUCAACGAGGUCGACUUUGGCGCCCUCCUCAAGGCCCCCAUGACCUCCAUCUUUCGCGAAAAGGUCCCCGCCCCCACCUACAGGGCUCUUGUCCUCGAGGGCAAGCGCUUCACCGGCAAGGACGCCCUCGACGGCGGCAUCGUCGACGCCCUCGGCGGCCUGGAUGCCGCGCUCGAGCUCAUCCGCGACAAGAAGAUUAUGGAAAAGGGCCAGUCGGGCGUCUACGGCAUGCUCAAGAUCGAAAUGUAUAGGGAGACGUGGGGCUACCUGUCUGACGAGGGCUUCGCCGUCGAGGAUAAGAAGGAAAAAGCGCUGCUGCACAAGGAUGACGAAGAGAAGGACAAGCUGAACCUAAAAAAGGUCUCGAGGCUGUGA